AUGCCGUCCCGGAAACGCGGGUCGCACAAGGCGCGGCUCACUCUCGAGAAGCGACACUGGUACACCUGCGAUGGUCGGACGUUGAGUUGGGAAGACUCAUGGUACACCCAGCCGUUCUACACUGCCAGCGAAAGCCAUUACGACUCUGCAGCGUCCACCGGACCCGUCAACCCGCCGCAGAGUGUGCUCGCCACCAUCGCCGCUUGCAAAGCCCAAACCAUGACAGGAGCUGGUGUAACCAACAGGCCCAGCUUGACCGAUUCUGGCACCGUCUCCUCGUCAACCAACGCACUGGCCACCGUUGUCUCGACAGCGCCGCCGGGGCCAUCAUCCGCAACAGGCACCUCCAGCUCCGUCGUCCAAACGUCUGCAGCGACGGUACCGACAACCACACUCCAGCUGUCCUCGGGCGCGACCACUCUUGCUUCCUCGGGCGUGUCUUCCUCGACUGCCUUCCCCACAGUCUCUUUUGUCACAGGCGCUACACAACAGUCCUCCACCACCUCCCUCGCCGCCGUCAACUUCCAUGCGGGCACGUGGGAUUCGCAGGCACAGGGCGCGGCGUUCGCCGGCGCAGUGACUCUCCUGGCGGGCGGCCUUGUUUGGGGUCUGUGGGCGGUCUUGCGGCCGCGCAUUCCUGUUCUCUAUGCACCGCGCAAGUGGUUUCUACUGCCAGGCUCCCGUCCAUCAGCACCGACGCUUCGGGCAUUCUUCACUCCCUUCCUGCACCUUCCGUCACUCUCUUCCACGACAAGUGAUGCCCAUGUCACGCCUCGUGUCACUUUGGCCGUUCUGGCCAUGUCGACCGUAGCUACAGUGUUGAGUCUGGGAGUCUUCCUUCCACUCAUGGUUGCCGGCGUCCCGCACUUGGCCGCCACUUCGCCUGCCAACUCGCGUGGCGGCCAUUUUGGCUCACUUACCGACUUGUCACUCCUCCGUCUCUUGAAUGCCUUGGAUCCCAGCCCAGAUUCGCCUGCCACACGGGCCCUCCUUCUGCACCAUAUCCGAGAUCUCCCUUCUACUAUUACCCCAGCAAUAGGCACGGCCCGCGCUCGCCUCAUUACCAUCUUGGUUCUCACCGCAACAGUAUGGGUUGGGGGAUCGCUGUUUGUCAUCUCGCGCGUCUACCGCGACCUCGUCAGAUACGGCGACCGCUUUGACGAAACGUGCGAUGGACAAGACAUGGUCUUUGUUCCCUCUGAAGGCUCGUCGUGGCGGGGGAUGACUGAGACUGGCAUCCGCCGACGCCUCGUAAAGGUCCUCUGUCCUGAGGACGAGUGCAGUGUGGCGGGCGUCUUUGCCGUAAACCACUUGCUCGCCGUCAAUGAGCUCGUCCGAGAGCGUGAACAUGUGCUCGACGUUCUCGAGACUGCCGAGGCCAAGUACAUCAUGUCCUUCCCACUACUGCCACCACCCGUUCCAAGGAACAUGGGCGACACGACCGUCUCAACUCCUGGCACCGCAAUCGGCACCUUGUCCACCGCCAUGUCCUCCACGUCCGAACCCAACAUCGCCGACUUUACUCCAGCGGGUCCCAAGGGGUCCGCAUUUCUGGAAGUCGCCCAGCGCAAGUCGGUUAUUGACAACAAUGGUCGUCUCCACAUUGGUCAAAAGGUGUUCCAGGAUGCUGACGGCACCUUUCUCCCCGCUCCUGGCGGCAGUAGCCCAGCUGGAUCCCGCAGAGUGUCCAUUGUGCCCAGUCUUCCGAGUCCUACCCACUCGGACCGCACGAGCGCCCACACAUCAGCGUCCGUGUCACGUCCUACCUCGCUGCUACUCCCCCGCGAACUCGCCAAGCUCAAAGCAGACGUCACAUGGACCCGCUCCCGCCUCCAAAAGCUGAAUGCCCGAACGGAAGCUGCGCAAAGGAAGAAACUCCAGAGUUCGACUCAGGGUGACGAGACGGCCGUCGGCUGGAUCAUUGUCGGCCGCGGUGUUCGGACGCUGCCCAACGCACUCGAGAUCCUGGGUCGUUCUAAGGAAGACAUCAUCUGGGACAACCUCGGUGCGACAGGUAGUCUUCGGACAUUCUGGUACAAGGUCGCUGGCAUCACUGCCGUUCUCCUUGCAAUUUCCCUUCCUUUUAUUGGACUUGCGGUCGCCAGUGCCCCAGGAUUUUCACACUACCUUGUGUUCCUCAAGCCGCUCAGCAACACCAAUGGGAUUGGAGCCGGUAUCGUCGAGGGAUUCGUUCCUGCUGUAGUGCUUACCAUUGCGUUCAUUGCGGGUGCCGUUUUGGUGAAACGUUGUGCCACCAAUGUACAGCAAGCUCGAGCAGUAGGUGAUGGCGCUGUCUUCAUUUUAAACCUCGCACUGGUUGUUCCCGGUCUGAUGGUCCUCCGACCUAUCAGCUUCGUCAAGUGGCUGUUGAAUAAACGCAAGGCUAUCACUCCACGACAGCGAUUCUUACACUUUGACCUCACCGUGACGGUUGCUCCUCUGCUAGCCGCCUUUUUCCAACUUUCAGCCCUCGGCGGCGUUUUCCCUCUACUGGUGCUCCCGACCCUGAUCUUUGCCUACCUCACUCUGGUUGCUAGCUGCUGGCUCGCCACACGCGUGUUCUGUCUGUCUCAUGGAGGCCCGUCGGACGGCAGCAUGGCUCGGUGGGCGGUUCGUCGCCUUGGCUGGGCUGUUGGCCUACAACCCGCCAUCUUCGGCCUGGUCCUCCUCUCACGCAAUGAAUGGACCAUCGGUGGCGUUGGUGUCGGCGUCGGCGCUUUGGCACUUGUCAUGUCCGAACUCGUCACCGUCGUCCUUCAUCGACCUCAGAAGCAGCCCAGGUUCCCUCUUGCCGACUUUUCACGGACCCCACUUGAGGACGAGACCAAGCAUCGCCGAUUCGGAUCGGACCACUCAAUGCUCGCUGCCCUUCACGAUCUACUCCCUGGUCUGAGCCGUCUGCCGAACGAUAACCCCCUCCCACUAUCCACCGACGCCAUCGAUGACCUCCAGUCCACCAGGCGGGCAAUGUAUGCGUCGCCGCAAGCAGCCAGGACGAACAAGAACAUGCCGUGCGGUCCAAGCAUCCAGGUGAUUGGUCCUGCCGACGAGUCAAGGGGUCUUAUCUACGCACCCGACCUGCUGGCGCCCAUACCGGAUGUGUGGCUCCCGCGAGAUCCCGCCGGUGUCGCUCAGCACGAAGCCGACAACCUCGCUGGCGAGGGCUUGGUGGCAGUGAUUGACCCAAUCGAGUUUUCAGAUUACGAGUAA